UUGUAUGUUUGUUCGCAAUUGUGCUGUCUUUCUAAAGGUUUUUGGUGUUCAUUAUAGCUGUAGAAGUAGGUGUUUCGAAGGUCAAGACUGCUCACAAAGUUUCAAAGGCAGAGGAAGUGAAUGACGCAGAUGACAUUGAGGAUGAGAAUGACGACGAAGAGGACGAAGGUACAAGUGAAGAUGGCGACGACAGUGACGAAGACGAUGAAAGUGAAGAUGAAAGCGAGGAAGAAGAGGACGGAAGUGAAGACGAAAGUGACGAGGACGUUGAUAUGGUCUCACCUAAAGGCAAGGAGAAGAAGCAGUUUCCUGGCUUACACGACAAAAAAACUGGUGGAUUUCCGAAAGCAGACAACCGUUCAGGAGAUCAAAGCAACUUCAAAGCGCAGCACAAAUUUGGUGGUGAUUUCAAGCGCAACUCGUUUCGUGGUCGUGGUGGUCGAUCUCGCGGCCGCGGUGGUCAGUCGCCUCACGGUCGUGGUGGACAGUCUUUCCGUGGUCGUGGUGGUAACCGUGGGGGCUGGUCAAAACGCGGUGGUUCUGAUUAAAAAACUUGAUUGCUCUGUAAAUCCAAAUUGCAAAUAAAUCUUUGUAAAUGAAUCUGAUUUCUCUGACAGUUUGUUUUCCGUCCUUGAUGAGUACUUCUGUUUUUAGUUAAAAAGCAUGUCACUGACAC